UUGAUCUCUUCCCUCAUUCUCUGUGACUCUGUCUGUCGAAAAACAAAAAGUAAAACGAGAAAAUAUAAAAAAAAGAGACUGAAGGGGAGAGAAACCGGGUCGCAUGUUUCACCGCCACUCGAUUCACUCGCUUGACCUUCGAUUCGGAAGAUGCCCGUAGACCCAACCAGCUUCAUCUACUUUCACCGUCGUUCUCUCUGUCUCUGUCUCUCUUAGUCCCUCUACUCCCUUCGAACCAAAUGCUCCUUCACUCCUCAAUUUACGAAAUUCGACUACUCUUCGUCGGCCCCAACACUCCUUCUGAAUCAAUUACCAUCUCCCCUGUAUGAUUCCAUGUAAAGCUGUUUGGCUUAGGGUUUUCAGGGACUCUCUCCCAACCGUCUUUUUCAGUUUCUGCUCUUAAUUUUAUUUUAUUUUAUUUUUUUUAUUCUUCCAUGUCUCUGUAACAUAAAGAAGAUAAGGGUUAGGGUUUUGGGUUUCUAUUUUUGUUUUUUUUUUUUCUUCUUUAAAAUAUUGGGUUUGUAUAAGAGAUGUAAAUGGAGAGUUCGCGUAGAUCCAUUGAUAGGUCGAGAGAACCAGGGCUGAAGAAACCUAGGUUGGCUGAAGAGGCCGAGCGGGAUCGGAGUUCAAACAGUGUCGUCGUCGAUCGUGAGCGACCCUUUCCACAAAGAGGAGCCUCUGCCGUUUCCGGCGCCGGAGCAAGGCCGUUGCUCUCGAGGUUUAGAACGAAUGAUAGAGAGAGAGAUGACUCUGUUCGAGGAACUUAUCAGCAUCAGCAACAGCAACAUCAAGAACUUGUUACUCAGUAUAAGACCGCUCUUGCAGAGCUGACCUUCAAUUCGAAACCAAUCAUUACUAAUCUAACUAUCAUUGCCGGGGAGAACCUUCAUGCUGCAAAGGGCAUCGCUGCCACUGUCUAUGCAAAUAUUCUUGAGGUACCUAGUGAGCAGAAGCUGCCAUCUCUCUACCUUUUAGAUAGUAUUGUAAAGAAUAUUGCGAGGGAUUAUAUUAAACACUUUGCUGCCAGACUACCUGAGGUAUUCUGCAAGGCCUAUCGACAGGUGGAUCCCUCAAUUCAUCCUAGUAUGAGGCAUCUUUUUGGCACUUGGAAAGGGGUAUUUCCCCCCACAACCCUUCAAAUGAUUGAGAAAGAGCUAGGAUUCCAACCUUUUAAUGGUUCAUCAUCAGGAGGCACAGCAUCUAGGCCUGUGCCUGAUUCUCAGUCACAACGCCCAUCUCAUAGCAUUCAUGUAAAUCCAAAGUACUUAGAGGCAAGGCAGCGCCUUCAACAGUCAAGUAGGAAUGUUCCGCGUCCUCAAAAAGAAGCAUUAAGCGAGCCAGUUCAUGAGAAAAAUAGUAGUGCAGGAUAUGGGGAUUAUGAAUAUCGCUCUGAUAUUUCAAGACAUUCAGACUUGGUAGUUGGAAGAGCCACUGAGAGGGUUCCUGAGCGAGAAGGACUUGACAAGCCAUGGUAUGGAGCUGGCAGCAAGGCUACAGAUGCAAUUGUUAGCCAAAGGAAUGGAUUUGAAAGCCGACAUGGAUUUCAAAGCUAUCGGGCACCCAGAUCUGCACAGCCUGUUGCUCAGCUGCAUCAAACACAGAGCAUUGCAAAUAGAAGCAGCAGAGGGAUUUCUAGGAAUUGGAAAAACUCUGAAGAAGAGGAGUAUAUGUGGGAUGAUAUGAAUUCCAGAUUGACAGAUCAUGGGGCCCUUGAUAGCUCAAGGGGAGAUGGUUGGACUCCUGAUGAUGCAGAAAAGCAGGAGGUUGAAGAACACCUAUCACAAACUCGAAGUGAACGUGAAAUUGGCUCAAGGAUUAAGAGAGAAACUUCAAUGGAUCCAGCCAUAGCACAGAAAGGACAAGAUAUAACUGGGCAUCGAACAUCCUCAGGGUGGUCAUCACAAAAGCCAUUCCCAGUAGAUGGUUUGAUAAAUAUGGGUAUAGCUUCAUUAAUUUCAGGCAAGUCAGAAGGGCAGUCUACCUCUAUCUGUGGUUUGUCAACAAGCAUGAGUUCAUCUUUUGUGAAAGCAGGACAUGUACUGCCAUUAUCAACCUCUGUUGUUGGAGCCCCAAGCAUUGGAUCUUUGACAACAUCAUCAACCUCCUUUGACACAUCCACUGGAGUUUUGGGGCCACAUCAUCAACCUCCUGGACCUGCUUCUCCAUCUGGACAGUUGUCAAUACACCAAAGUUCUCAUUCACCUUCGUCUUCAGUAGUGCAUCAACAUCAACCAUCACACAGUAUGACUGAUGAGCCUGGUCCAAAAACUUCCCUACCUCCAGGACCAUUGAACCAAAUACCUCAAAUUUCAAGUGGUCAAGAUUCUUUUCCACUCAUGUCAGGUACCUUGCCAUCAAAUCAGUCACAGACCUCUCAAUAUUUACAUACCUCAUCUUCCUCAAUUUCAUUAUCCCAAUUAAGGCAUGUUCCCUUCACUCAGCAGCAGCCUGAGUUAAACCAGUCUCAGCCCUCUGGUCAAACCCAGAAACCACUGCAUCGAGGUUCAAUUUCUGGAACUCCCCAAGCAACAGAGCAUCCUGCUCAAGGCCAUUCAAAUAGUCCUGCUGCAAAUAUCACAGGAGAAACGGAUACAAGUAGUUUGUUGGCCGCAAUUAUGAAGAGUGGACUACUCUCAAAGACUUCAGUAAGUGGUAGCCUUCCCAACUUGAAUUUUCAGGAUUCAGGGGCACUGCCAUCUAAUUUGAACAUUCACCCCCCUUUGCCAAGUGGGCCACCUCCUGUCCAGCUUGCAACAUCCUCUGCAUCUAUGGUUGCAUCAGCUUCUGUAUCAGGCUUGGAUUCUAGUGUUAAUGUGUCAUCUCUAACAGCAAACCCUCAAAGGGCAGCAGUACUACCCCCACUUCCACCUGGCCCUCCACCUUUAUCAUCUCUUGUAGGUAGCACAACAUCGCAGACAUCAAAUAUAGCUAGUGCUGUCCCAAAGCCACUUUCAAAUCUUUUGAGCUCAUUGCUUGCAAAGGGAUUGAUAUCUGCAUCAACAACUGAGUCACCAACUCUGACCACAACUCAGUUGCCAACUCAGCCUCAGAAUCACUGCUUUGGUCCAUCAAGCAGUAGCUCCAUAUUGGUUUCUUCAGGUCCCAUUUCAUCAACCAUUCCUACAACAUCUGGGAAAGAGUUGCAUAGCUUAAAAUCUGAGGUAAAUAGCACGAUUUCCUCAUCCCAAAUCACAACAGAGGCAAAGGACCUUAUAGGCAUUGAGUUUAAGCCUGAAAUUAUUCGAGAACCACAUCAAUCAGUAAUUAACGCCCUCUUUGAUGACACUCUUCAUCAUUGCAAUGUAUGUGGCCUUCGGCUUAAACUAAAAGAACGACUUGAUAGACACAUGGAGUGGCAUGCUUCAAAGCAACCUGAAUCAAUCCAUCACAGGGCUUCAAGGAGAUGGUACACAAGUUUGAAUGACUGGGUUUCUGAGAAUGGGGGACUGCCAUCUGGAUCCAUGGGCAUUGCUUCCAUGCAAGUGCUGGUGAAGGAACUGGAGAAGGGUGAAUUGAUGAUCCCUGCUGAUGAAAGCCAGUGCAUAUGUGCAUUAUGUGGGGAGCUGUUUGAAGAUUUUUACAGUCAUGAAAGAGAUGAAUGGAUGUUUAAGGGAGCAGUUUAUAUGACCAUUCCAGUUGGAGAAGGCAACAUAGGGACUACUGAUAAGAGUGCUGCCCAAGGUCCUAUUGUGCAUUCGAACUGUAUUUCACAAAGUUCAGUUUAUGACUUGGGACUGAUGGAACAUAUUAAAACGGAGACAUGAUGCUCUAGGGUGAAGAAUGCGUGCCCUUCCUUGUAAUAUGGGCUCAAUCAGUUAAGGCUGACAUGGAUUAUCCAGAUUUUACCCUAUAACAGCUUACAUGUGCAUGAUUAUUGUCAUGCUGGUUUGCCCAUGUCUGAAAUUUUCCUUGGGGCUACUCAAAAAAAAAAAAAAAAGAAUUCCUUGGGGCUGAACUGCUCCCACUUAUAUAUAUCACUGUCUUUCUUCUCUUCACAUUUUUGAAAGAAAAUUUUAUAAUUCCAUACAUGGUUUUUUACCUUGGCGUUCUUGACUAAUAUCGCUUGUGUUUCUUUAUGUUUCUGUUCUGUAUUAAGUUUUGGUGGUUCCAGUGUCUGGCAAGGCGGCCGCUUCAUGUGCAAUCAGCUCUGCGAUUAGAGUAAAUGACUGGCGGAUGUACUUGUUUUGUUAAUAUCAACGGAAGUUUUGAUGCAUGCUUCACUUUUGGUUUUCUUUUGUUAAAAUGUGGUCUCUCACAACCUUCACUUUUGGAAGACAAUAAAUCGAGUCCCUUUACUUUUUCUCA